AUGGCUAGACGUUUCACUGUAAAAGUUCCAGCGACUUCUGCAAAUCUAGCGUGUGGCUUUGAUUGCCUGGGUGCCAGUUGGGAGGGUAUUGAUUUACGUCUGAGCGUCUCUCACCAACCCUACCCCGCAACGAAACACACAACGCCUACAAUCACCUACACAGGCGAGGGAGCUGGCGAGGUACCUCUGGAUCCAUACAAGAAUCUAACGACGCGCGUGUGCAUAUAUGUGUUAAGAUGCCACGACAUAGGAGAAUUCCCCGACGAGUUGGACAUAAAAGUGCACAACGAAAUCCCCUUUGGACGCGGUCUGGGCAGUUCCGGUGCUGCGGUGGUAGCUGGGGUCUUAUUAGCGGAUGCGCUGGCUGAUUUGCGUAUGACGCCGUCGCGCCAGCUCGAUUUCGCGCUAAUGGUUGAGCGUCACCCCGACAACGUAGCUGCAGCGUUGAUCGGCGGGUUCGUAGGGAGCUACCUGAAAACGUUACCAGCGGGGGCGCUCGACCCAUCCAGCGUGCCCAUGAGCGAGGUGCUACCCGAAUACCCGCGCGACGCCAGCAAGGACUGGGGAAGCAAGCCUCCCGUCCCCCCGCACGAGAUCGGCCACUGGCUUCGUUAUGGCUGGGCAGAGCAGAUCAAGGCGCUUGUAGUCAUCCCUCAAUUUGAAUUAUCUACCGCCAAGGCUAGGGGGUGUCUACCGGAACUGUAUGAGAGGGGAGAUGUCGUUUUCAAUUUACAGCGCCUCGCUGUACUUACUACAGCUCUCUCCAUUAAUCCACCGGACCCACAUCUUAUUUGGGAAGCUAUGCAGGACCGUCUCCACCAGCCGUACCGCGCUGAGUUGAUACCAGGUCUACCGGAAAUCACUAGAUCUCUCACACCUUCAACCCACCCAGGUCUGCUUGGAAUCUGCCUCUCAGGCGCUGGUCCAACUAUACUCGCCCUGCACACACAUAACGAUGACGCCAUUGCGCAGGGCAUCUGCAGCAUCUUUGCAAAGAACGGCGUGCAGUGCAGACUCGAAGUGAAGGGGAUAUCGCUUACGGGUUCUACGGUGAAUUGGGAGUUAAAAUAA